CCAAAAAUAACAAAAGAAGAAGAAAUUAUUGAUCCAAAAAAAAAACCCAAAAUAAGAAGAAAUAAGAAAAAAAAAGAAAGAAAGUAAAAUCAAAAGAUUUACAUUGAAUGGAAAUUCACACGCAUUCAUUCGUCAUCGUCCCAAAUUUCUCAUCAAAAGUGAAGAAAGAGCCAUUUAUCAGCAAGUCAGUGGGGGUUAUUGACUUAUUUUACCUUGUCUUACUGCUCUACUUGUUUUUUUUUUUUUUUUUUCCCCAAAUUCUGUGCAGAAAAUUUUGCAUUCUGUUCUGGCAAUGAUGGUGAAUUUUGGUGCACUGUCAAUGGCCAAAAUAUAUUUGUCCUUAUGUGGAUUGUGUUUAGAUUGGUGAUGCAUAAGACAUGUUAUUGCUUUUUGUGGAUUUGGGUGAUGAAUAUACAUUGAUGGGUUAGUUUAAAUCGUGUAUUAUGAUUACAUGCCUUCACAUUUGUUCAGCAUCACAUCCAAGAUCAAAGCGCUUGGUAGAUUGGGUCGCAUUGCCUGUGCACGCAAACUGUUUGAUGAAAUGCCCUGCAGAGACUCAGUUGCGUGGAAUGCAAUGCUUAGUAGUUAUUCUCAACUGGGUCUUUACCGAGAGGCUGUCUUGUUGUUCCACCACAUGAGAGAUUCCGGGACCAAACCCGACAGCUUCUCAUUCACUGCAACUUUGAGUGCGUGCGCAGGCACAUUUGAACUUCUCUACGGGGAAAAAAUCCAUGCACAAGUCAUUGUUUUGGGAUACAAUUCUUCGUUGCCGGUGAACAAUUCGCUUAUUGAUAUGUAUGGGAAGUGUUUGAGCCCUUCUAGUGCUAAUAGAGUGUUUGAGGAGAUGGGCACGCAAAAUGACGUGUCGUGGUGUUCAAUAUUGUUUGCAUAUACAAAUGCCGGUCAGUUUGAUAUUGCUUGUGGUGUAUUUGAUACUAUGCCAAAGAGGGUGGACAUUGCUUGGAAUACUAUGAUUGCUGGUUAUGCGCAAUGUGGCAAAAUUGAAUCGUGUUUUGAUUUGUUUAGGAGGAUGCUAGAGAGUUGUUGUGGACCAGAUCAGUGGACACUUAGUGCCCUCAUGAAUGCUUGUGCCAAAUCAGAAGAGUGUUUUCAUGGUUUCAUGAUGCAUGCAUUUGUUGUUAAAAGUGGUUGGAGCUCUGCGGUGGAAGCAAAUAACUCGAUUUUAAGCUUUUAUGCCAAGGUAGGCUGUCAGGAAGAUGUAGUGAAGGUGUACGAAUCCAUUGGAACUCUGUCCCAGGUUUCUUGGAAUGCAAUAAUUGAUGCUCACAUGAAAAUAGGAGACACCCACAAAGCGUUUAUUGUGUUUCAGCAGGCACCUGAGAAGAACAUUGUUUCGUGGACAUCAAUGAUCACGGGGUAUGCAAGAAAUGGGCUCGAAGAACAAGCUCUAAGCUUUUUUGUUGAUAUGAUGAGAGAUGGUCUCAAACCAGAUGGUUUUACAUUUGGAGCUUUUUUGCAUGCGUGUUCAAACUUGGCGACGCUGAAGCACGGUAAAAUGGUCCACGGUUGUGUAAUUCAUUAUGGUUUCCAUGCUUAUACUUAUGUUGGCAAUGGCCUAAUUAACAUGUAUGCCAAGUGUGGGGACAUAGGCGGCUCAAACCAAGCAUUUAAUGGUAUUAUUGACAAAGAUCUCGUCUCUUGGAAUGCAUUGUUGAUUGCAUUUGGGUUGCAUGGACAAGCUAGCCAAGCUCUACAGCUUUAUGAAGAAAUGGGUGAAUGUGGGUUGAGACCAGAUAAAGUGACCUUCAUUGGCCUGUUGAUGACUUGUAGCCAUUCGGGACUUGUGGAGAAAGGUCGGGCUCUUUUUGAAUCAAUGAGCUCAGUUUAUGGGCUUUUCCCUGAAAUGGAUCAUGUGGCAUGCGUGGUGGAUAUGCUUGGUCGAGGUGGGUACUUGGAAGAAGCAAGAGAGCUGGCAAAUAAGUAUCUAGGAACAGAUAGAGCAAGUAUUAGAUCUCGUGAAGCUCUUUUUGGAGCAUGUUUUGCUCAUGCGGACACAGAAAUGGGAACCCAACUGGGUGGAGAUUUAAAACUUUUAGAGCCUCGAAAUGAGAUGAGUUAUGUAUUGUUGUCAAACUUGUAUUGUGCGAGUGGGCAGUGGAAAGAAGCAGAGGUGGUGAGGAAGGCAAUGAUAGAUCAAGGUGUGAAGAAAAUGCCUGGUUGUAGCUGGAUCGAAGUGAAAAACAAGGUGAUAGCUUUUGUGGCAGGGAGGCAUUCAAAUCCACACAUGAAAGAGUUACAUGAGAUGCUGUACUUUUUUGAACAAGAAAUGAGAAAUCCGUGUUAUGCUGGAUCACAAUGAUGCGAUCCAAGAUACUCUGAGGAAUUCAACUCUCGAUUGUAGCAAUAUUGAGACUCAGCCAUUUGACAGUCAGUGUUCUCCACCUUCAGUGAGUCCCAAUAAUAGCAAUGGUUAUGGGUGAAAGGGGUUUGAUGGCAAGGAUAAUUUGUCCCGAAUUUGGGGGAUAUCUUACUUUUGGUACCCUGGAGUCAGGAAUAGUAUCAGCACCUGGGCAACCA